UUCACCCUGUAUUUCUUACAUCUAUUCAGGGUUUCCCCCUAUCCGCCAUUGUGCAAAUUCCUUUUGCUUUAAAAUGGAAAUAUUUCGAAAUUUUUAUAUGUAAAAAAUGCAAAAUAGAUUCAAGGCCGUGACAAGUGUAUUCAAUUUUGUAUUCAAAUUUGACAAUUUCUUGUUAGUUUUCCUCUACUCGACAAUGGAAACGAACCAAAUUGUUGACUUCUUCAAAAACCAAACUCUUUUCCUAACCGGAGGAACUGGUUUUGUUGGCAAACUCAUCUUAGAAAAACUCCUCCGGGAAUGUCCCGAAAUCAAAAAAAUCUUCUUGAUUGUGCGCCCGAAAAAAGGAAAAACGCCGCAAGAACGCUUCGAGGAACUUUUCGAUAUGCCCUGUUUCGAAUUACUCAAAUCGACCAAAAUCAACAUAUCGGAGAAAGUCUCUUUGGUCGAUGGUGAUUGUCAAGAGCCCUUUUUGGAUCUUAGUGCCCAAAAUUUGGAUUUGUUGCGUGAAGAAGUGACCUGCGUGAUCCACGCCGCCGCCAAUGUUAAAUUCGACCAAAGUCUCAAAGAGGCAGCUUUUAAUGUGCGAGCGACUCGAGAUUUGCUCGAGUUGGCCAAACAAAUGCCCAAUUUGAAGAGUUUUGUCUACGUCUCGACAGCUUAUUCCAAUUGUCUUAAUCCUCAUAUUAAGGAAGAUUUCUACGAACCACCUCUGAAACCUGAAAAUUUACUUUCUGUAGUAAAUUCCCUCGACGAUGAUGUUUUAACGAAAAUAACACCCUCUUUAUUGGGCCCCUGGCCCAACACUUACAUCUACACCAAAUCCAUAACUGAGGAUUUAGUCAAAUCAGCUAGUACUAGCCUCCCUAUUGCCAUAGUACGCCCAGCUAUCAUUGUAAGUUCCAUGAAAGAACCAAUUCCUGGUUGGAUUGACAAUUUCUACGGAGUUGUUGGCCUAGUAAUGGGCAUCGGUUUGGGGGUCAUACAUAGUUUACAUAUCAGUUUAAAUGCACCAGCGUUAAUAGUAACUGUUGAUUAUGUCGCUAAUUUAAUUAUAACAGUCGCUUGGAAAACAGGAUGUGAGACAACGAAAAAAACACCCAUUUAUAAUUACAUAACAAUAAGUAAAAAUCAAUUGACUUGGGGUGAAUUUUUAAAAGUUAUGAACAGUCAAUAUUGGAAUGCCCUCACCGAUAAAAUAGUCUGGUAUUAUAGUUGUCAAAUAGCGGAGAGUAAACUCUGGCACAACAUACAGAUUUUUUUCUUGCACACGGUUUUGGGAUACGUGGUGGAUUUUGUUUUGUUUUGUCUGGGAAGACCCACACUAGCCGUAAAAAAUUAUAAAAGACUAAACAAGCUUUUAGAAGUAACUUCGUUUUUUACAACCCGGAAUUGGGCUUUUGACGAUUCCAAUGUUCGACACUUGUGGAAUGAAUUGAGUAAUAACGAUAAGAAAACUUUUGAAUUCUAUGUGGAUCAAGUGGAUUGGAAUAAAUAUGCAGUUGAUAGUAUUUCCGGAGGACGGAAAUUUUUGUUGAAAGAUACAAUAGAUUCGCUUCCUCGUGGAAGAAGGAAAGUGAAGAUUUUACUUGUUGCCCAUUACACUCUUAUUGCUGUUUUUUGGUUUGUGGUUUAUAAAGUUUGGAUGUUUUUUUUCGGUUCAAUAUUUUUUAAGUGUGUAGAAUAGAAGAAAAACAUAUUGUAAACAGCUAAAUUAGAAUUACAAAAUUAAAUAUAAACCUUCAUUCGUCUUGAAUGAAUUAAAUUAUGAUGUAUGAAAUGACUGUUCUUUUUCAAUAACGAAUAAUUAAAAAAAUUCACAAUUA